GGAGAUAGUGCAUUGUUUAAAUAGGGAACUGAUUUCAGUACACUGUCAGUGUCCAGUGGAAAUACCUAGGUACUUACUUUCUAGCAAUUUGUGUAACUAGGUUAUAAACUACUCGAAAAAAUGUACUCAAUGCUACUUGUGACUCUCCUCGCCGCGUCAGCGCUAGGCGCAGAAUGCCCACCAGAGGGCUCUCCAUUCUUCAACAUCCCGCAUGAAACCGAUUGUUCUAAGUUCUAUACGUGUGCUCAUGGCGUGCCGGUGCUACAAACCUGCCCUAAUGGCACUCACUUCAGCCCCAUGCACUCGGUAUGCCAAAACCCCGUGUUCGCCGGCUGUAACAACACCCUCCCAGCGCUGUGUCCGGACUGGAGCCUCCUCCCCAGACCACAUCCUGACGACUGCAGCAAGUUCAUCGUUUGCCAAUAUGGUACCGUUCACGUGAUGGAUUGCCCGGCGGGGCUAGAAUUCAACGCUGAACUUCUGGAAUGCGUGUGGUCCGCCGAAUCUAACUGCACUGUUUCACAAGCUUCAACAGAAAAACCUCAAACGGAGCCGUCUCAAGAUGGCGCCGAAGAAAAUGGCGACCAACAAGAUGGUGGAUCACAAGAUGGCGGAUCACAAGUAGGCUGUAAGCAAGGAGCUCUAUCAAAGCAUGAAGAUUGCGGCAAAUAUAACAUUUGUAAUGGCGGGGUUCAGGUAGCCAUGAACUGUCCGGCGGGUUUGCAAUGGAACUCCAAACUCUCGUUUUGUGAUUGGCCAGCAUCAGCCGGUUGUCAAUAAAAAAUAGGCUUUUCUACAAAUAAUUUUAUAUCUCCAAAAUAAAAAAAUACAAAAAUACAA